AUGUCAGGGACUGAUGGCGAGGUCUUUGCAGUGAGCCAGGGAAGCCUUAACGAUUGGAAUCGCAUAGCAGCAAAGCUUCCUGGUCGAACAAACAAGGAUUGCCGCAAGCGGUGGAGUAAAAUACCCGGGCACAUAAAGAAAGGCGUCUGGAGCAAUGCCGAAGAUCAAAAAUUGAAAAGUGCUGUCAAGAAAUUUGGAUAUCGCUGGACACACGUUGCUCAGAGCGUAGAGACUCGCAAUGCAGACCAAUGUGCAAAGCGGUGGAAUCAUUCUUUAGAUCCAACCCUCAAUCAUAGCGAGUGGGUGUCCGAAGAUGACAACCGGCUGUUUGCAGCUGUGGCGUCUUACGGACGCGUUUGGAAGACCAUAGGCGAAAAGGAAUUCCCCAGACGAUCGGCCACUGAGUUGAAAAACAGAUUUGUCACCAUAAACAGAAAACGUCAACAAUCUGAUCUCUCUACACCUCAAACGGCCUUUAAUGAUAGUACCGCGCCUGCCUCGUCUCCUUUAGAGGUCGACAUGGAAAGCUCCGAAUUCACAGACAGCCUCUCAGAUGACAACGAAGCAGGUAAUCAAGAUGUAGAUUUCGGCUCCGACAUCCCCUCGCGUUCGGCUCCUUCCCAUACCACAUCAGGAUCUAAUUUCCCCUCACACACAGCCUUAUCACUCACCACACCAGGGUGUUACUUCUCUUCGCAGAACGUAUCUCCCUCUGCCCCGUCAGGAAUUUUCCGUUUUACAGAGAAUGAAUUCCCUGCAAACCUACCUAAUCCCCCAGACGGCAACGACUUAUUCAGCAGCACCCCGGGCACCUUCUUCAAUCAAAACGACAACCUUCUGCAGUUGGACGAUCAGACACUUGAUCUGGGACCGCGAUGGGAUAUGACACCGUUGCCUUCGCCUGCGCGGAAGAACGACGAUGCGAUGACGGGCGUGGAAGUGGAGCAGGAAAAGCAUGGCAGCACGUUGAUUCUCGAAGAUGUGCAGCCGCAGAUGGUGACGAACAUCAUCAAGAUGCUCUUUGAGUCAAAGUCGGCUGUUAACAUGAAGAUUGUGCGCCAGGAAUAG